ACCUCAGAUUCUAUAAACGUAUUAGUAUGCUGGUAGGGCAAGGAAAGCCUGCAAUGCAAAUUAGCGCGCUGGAGGAAAGUGAGGAUUUCUGAGCCGUGCAAGGCAAGCAGAGCUCUGACGCAGCUGACAGGCGUCUGCUUGGCUUCGCCCGUUUCACCUCUCGCAAGGUGAACGAUCCAAGGGACCGGAUCCUUGUACCUGCGAAGUUAAUGUUGCCCACCGAGGUAGAGGCUUUUCUGGGUUCUCCCGGAAUGGAGUUCUGGAUCAGCCCCGCCGCUUGCGACGAAGGCAACGGGAACAGUAACCUGGACAGUAGCGAGGAUCUCCUACCCCAGGAAUUGGAGGAGGUAAUAUGUUCCGAGCGAGUUGAGAAGAUCACCAAGACAUAUCAUGAUAUAGAUGCGGUCACCACCUUGCUGGAAGAGAAGGAACAUGAUUUGGAGUUAGCAGCCCGCAUUGGACAAACAUUGCUCAAACAAAAUCGGAGUUUGUCUGAACGCAAUGAGUUCUUGGAAGAGCAGCUAGAAUAUGCAAAAGAAGAGAUAGCUCAGUUGAGACAUGAAAUAUCGAUGCGGGAUGAUCUUCUCCGCAUGUUUACCAACAGCACUGAAGAGAGUGAGCCAACUUCCAUUAUUUCUACCCCGUUACGAAGGAAUGAUUCUUCCCUCUCUUUGGAGCAGGGAUUGCAAUAUGAUCUUCUUCAGCAGAAACUUAAAGGGUUGGAAGAGGAGAACCAGAAACUGCGUGCUGAAGCUGCAAACAUUGCCACAGAAACAUAUGAAUAUGAGGAGCAGGAACAGAAGCUCAUGCUUGAUUGUGUGGAACAAUUUUCUGAUAGCAGCCAGCAAGUUAUCCUGAUUUCUGAGGAGCUGGCUCUCAAGACAGAGGAUUCAAUCCGGCAACAGGAGGAGAUUAGCCAACUUCUAGCACAGAUUGUAGAGCAACAGCAGAAGUGCCGUGCGUAUUCUUCUGAAGUUGAGCAAUUGCAACAGCAACUUGCUGCAAGCAAAGAAAUCCAAUCGCAGCUUCGCAGAGAGCUCCAGGACACACAGGAGAAAUACACAGAAUGUGAAGCAAUGUUGCAUGAGGCUCAGGAAGACAUUAAAAACCUUCGCAACCGCAGUUUGCCCAACAGCACCAUCCAUCACAGUUCCCCCACCUUCUUACCCUUGGAUUCCCUGGCUGCAGAGAUCAAGAGCACAAUGAGAAAAGGGAUGGACAGCUCUGGGUCAUCUGAGUACAAAAGCUUCCGGCGUGUGUUUGAGACAGUGAAGGCUGUGAAACGAGCAACAAAAGCUAAAUCGGGAAGGGCAACCCCUUUGAGUCUUCCUCCACGUUCCCCGAAAGCAGCUUCAGUGGUCUGCAGUCACUUUAGCACUCCACGUAACAAACACUAUGGUUCAGAUAGCCCCAUUAUGCCAGAAGAAAAGAGUCACCUUGCUCCUGAAGUUCUCAAUGAUACCCACCGCGGCGUGGAUGCUACAUCAGGUACACCUGGGCGCCAUGUCUUGGAAGCUGCUAUCCAGAGUUUGUCUGCUCGCCAGAAGAACCACAGCACUGAGUAUUCAUUUUUUGAGAUGGAACGUGAAUGCAAACUGAAGCGUCUGGCUCGAGAGGCGGAGGAUUUCAGUGGGUGUCUGACCCCCAAUGGAAGCAUCGCAUCCAUAGGCACCAACUAUUCAGGCAGUUCUGGCACCUCCUUGAGCUCCUACUGUUGCUUCCCUGAUAAGCUUCAAAUUGUUAAGCCUAUGGAAGGUUCUAUGACUCUGCACCACUGGCAGCAGCUGGCCCGGCCUCACCUGGCAGGAAUCUUGGACCCUCGACCAGGUGUCCUUACCAAAGAUUUCCGCCAACUUGACACUGAUCUUGGAGAGGUCCACAAUCUAAAUGACUUAGAAGAAGAUGACAUGGAUGCCAGCGCCUUGUCUUCCCUUGCUACCUCAACAUCAAUUAAAGCCAAAGAAAGGCCAACUGUUUUUCACUCCGUUAACUAUCUGCCCCAGACCCCGCCUACUUUCACCAUCACCACCUGUUGCAUCAUGCACUCUAGCAAAGAGGUUACCAUGGUGACACCCAGGUACCAAGAUGGAAAUAUCUUCCUCCUGGACACCAAGAUCAGUCUUUAUAAUACAGUUGUGCCGUCUUGUGGGCCCUGCACGGGGCUGAGCCUGUCUUCCCCUCCUCAGUCCCACCUUAAGGAACAAUGCAGGCAGGAGAAGAAAGAGAAGGAGCUUGGACUGGUGACUCUACUGGCAAAGCAAGGCAUUUCUGCACAGAGCCAAGGACUGACGCGCGUGUCCCUGCCCUGCGUUAUUAGGGAUCCAAUCUCCUCCUCUUGCUUUUCUUCUUCUUUGGUUUCACUGUGUCACUACCACUUGGAUAGCUAUGCUGAUUGGACUUCAGGACUGCAAGCACUGCAACACAAAAAGCCUGAGAAGAGUUUGAAUAGCAUCUUCAGCUUGAACCUGGUAGAGAAACUGCAGCAACUGGGCCUCGAUAAGGUGCUGGCUAGAGGGGAAGCAUCAUACCUAACCUUACAUCAGCAGGAACUUCACCAAGAAAAGAAAUGUAGCUCUGGAUUUAGAAACCAGCAAGAUCCAGUGGAGCCUCAAUAAAAACGAAGGGGGUGUUUAUGUGUCCUGCUGCUUUAGGAAAGCUGGCCAAAACUCGUUUGUACAGCUAGAACACUGGGUGUUGAGGAGCACUUAAGUUCUACUUAGAGCACUGUUUUUUUCACUACUUGUGAAUCACUGUUGUUGGCAUGUCUAUUACAGGGGUACAUUGCAUCUUCAUUCUUCAAUUUCUUUUUCCCUCCUUCUCUCCUCCCCAUUGCUGCUGGAACAUUUCUGUCAAAUUACAAUUUUCAGACUGGUAUCUGGUCGUAUCCCCGAUCCCAAGCCCAUUUCUUCUGCCUUUUGUUGUCAAUCUACUUCUACUAGAAUUGCACAAGUCACAGAGCCUUCUGGGUUAGGAGGCUUGGGGCAAAAGGAGGGAGAAAAUUCUUGAACUUCCCAGCUAGAAAUGGCAAUGGACAGACUGAGCAUUGGAAGCUGCUGCUGGAAUAGAUUGUUGUCUGGGACAAGAAGCAAAGAUUAGCAGUAGCUUUUCUACAUCGUCUUAGCUCAUUGUUUUCAUAUUUGGAUUUGUUUUCACCCAUCUCUGCCCUCUUUCUAUUUCUCAGUUUCUACAGGGAUGGCAGGCUAAAUAGAAAUUUUGGUGGGAAGUUUUAUUUAAUUGUGAGGAGUUGAUUGAGACAUUUCUUCAUCGUCUUUUACUACCAAUCCUGGUAUCCUUGACCUUUGUUAACGGUGACAUGGUGUCUGGGUCUUCAUCUUGAUGAAGCCUGCAGAGAUUUUCCCUCUUAAAACCUUAAACCAGGAAUAGCUGUUGUUCCUCCCAAUUCCUCCUGAAUGACUAUUCUCAUUCUUUUCAGAGUUAAGUUUGGAAUGGCUUCCACAUGUGUUGUGCUUUUCUUUCUUCUCUUGAAAAGAAUGCCUGCAUUUUUCCAUUUAUGAAUGUUAGAUUAAAAAGCCAACCUCAUCCCUCCUGAACCUAUCUAGUUCUGUACUCCUUGCAUGCUUGUAUAUGUGUGCUUCACAAAAUGCCAUUUGCACUCCUUCUCCAAGGGCCAGUUUGAACUCUUCCACAUUUACAGUUCUCCUCCUGUGACUUAGCAAAAUUAAAUGAUGAUGCUGUUUCCCUGA